GAGGUGGAAUGAGCGCAUGCCUUGUCGGCCAUUAAAGCUUCAAGGAAAGAGCUAAGAAUUUUUUUUUUUGAGGAAAGAAAAGAACUAAGAGUUUAACUUAAAGCUCUUACCUUCUUCAUUUCAUAUAUAUCUCAAUACAGAUAAACUCUUUUUUUUUUUUUUCCGGUUACUUGUUGCACUUUUAGAAGUUUGUUUUUGUUCUCAAAAAGCAAACUAAAGUGGAAAGAGCAAAAAAAGAAAGAUCUUUAUAUUUAAAUUUUUGAGUCCAAAAUCUUUGGCCUUUUAGAUCCAAAGAUCUCCUCCAUUUGCGUCAAAAAGUGAACUGGGUUUGCUUUGCUGUGGUUGAUUCAUGAAUUCUAUGAUUUCUUUCUCUCUAUGGUGUCAAGGAGUUACAGUAACAGCCAAAUGGUGCAGUUGUUGCUUUUACUAUCUAUUCUUUGAUGAGUAAUUCAUGUUUUGGCUUAAACGGGUAUUGAACAAUAUCGUGCCAUAGUUAUGAUUGAGCUCAGGGGUGAUGAAAUGUCAGCAUGUAUCAAUUCAAGGAGAGCUUUCGAAGUAUUUGCAGGAUUUUGGCUUGUGAUCACGGUUUUGGUGAGUACUUCAGAGGGGUUGAAUUCUGAAGGGCAGUACCUUCUAGAUCUGAAGAAUGGGUUUCAUGAUGAGUUCAAUCGUCUGGAGAACUGGAAGUCCAUUGACCAGACUCCAUGUGGGUGGAUUGGUGUAAAUUGCACGACAGAUUAUGAGCCUGUGGUUCAGUCUCUCAAUUUAAGUUUGAUGAAUCUGUCUGGGAUUCUGAGUCCCAGCAUUGGUGGCUUGGUCAACCUAAGAUAUCUUGAUCUUUCUUACAACAUGCUUGCUGAAAAUAUACCUAAUACGAUUGGAAAUUGUUCAAUGCUGCUAUCCCUUUAUCUGAAUAAUAAUGAGUUUAGCGGGGAACUCCCUGCUGAACUGGGUAAUUUGUCUCUUCUUCAAAGUUUGAACAUAUGCAACAACAGAAUAUCUGGUUCUUUUCCGGAGGAGUUUGGGAAUAUGACUUCAUUGAUUGAGGUUGUGGCUUACACCAACAAUCUAACUGGCCCACUGCCUCAUUCUAUCGGGAACCUCAAGAACUUGAAAACUUUUCGAGCAGGGGAGAACAAAAUUUCUGGUAGCAUUCCAGCAGAAAUAAGUGGAUGUCAGAGCUUAGAAUUACUUGGUCUUGCCCAAAAUGCUAUAGGAGGGGAGCUGCCGAAAGAAAUUGGGAUGCUUGGGAGCUUGACUGACUUGAUUUUGUGGGAAAAUCAGCUCACAGGAUUUAUACCGAAGGAGAUAGGAAACUGUACAAAGCUUGAGACACUUGCUUUGUAUGCAAACAAUCUUGUAGGACCAAUACCAGCAGACAUUGGGAACCUAAAGUUUCUGACAAAACUUUAUCUAUACAGAAAUGCAUUGAAUGGAACCAUUCCUAGAGAAAUUGGGAAUUUGUCUAUGGUAAUGGAAAUUGAUUUCUCAGAAAACUAUUUGACAGGGGAAAUCCCUAUUGAAAUUAGUAAAAUAAAGGGUCUGCAUCUACUGUACCUCUUUGAGAAUCAGCUUACUGGUGUUAUACCAAAUGAGCUUAGUAGCUUGAGGAACUUGACAAAGCUUGACCUCUCAAGUAAUAACCUUAGCGGUCCUAUUCCUUUUGGUUUUCAAUAUUUAACGGAAAUGGUUCAACUACAGCUUUUCGACAACUUUCUCACCGGUGGUGUUCCUCAGGGGCUUGGGCUAUACAGUAAACUCUGGGUAGUGGACUUUUCGGACAAUGCUCUGACUGGAAGAAUACCUCCUCAUCUUUGUCGACAUUCUAAUCUGAUGUUGCUGAAUAUGGAAUCUAAUAAGUUUUAUGGGAAUAUCCCGACUGGGAUCUUGAACUGCAAAUCAUUGGUGCAACUUCGUCUUGUUGGAAACAGGCUUACAGGUGGCUUUCCAUCAGAGUUGUGCAGAUUGGUGAACCUUUCUGCUAUUGAAUUAGAUCAGAACAAGUUUAGUGGUCCAAUUCCUCAGGCCAUUGGGAGCUGUCAAAAGUUGCAGAGGCUUCAUAUUGCAAACAAUUACUUUACCAAUGAGUUGCCUAAGGAAAUAGGUAAUCUGUCUCAACUUGUGACUUUCAAUGUCUCAUCAAAUUUGCUUAAAGGACGGAUUCCACCUGAAAUCGUUAAUUGCAAGAUGCUUCAGCGACUUGAUCUCAGCCACAACAGCUUUGUAGAUGCUUUACCAGAUGAGCUGGGAACCCUUCUGCAGUUAGAGCUUCUCAAGCUUUCAGAAAAUAAGUUCUCAGGAAAUAUACCUCCAGCAUUAGGAAAUCUCUCCCACUUGACUGAAUUGCAGAUGGGUGGCAACUUCUUUUCCGGUGAAAUUCCUCGACAGUUGGGUUCUCUUUCAAGCUUACAGAUUGCAAUGAAUCUCAGUAAUAAUAAUCUUACUGGGGCCAUACCACCGGAGUUGGGUAAUCUUAAUUUACUGGAAUUUCUUCUGCUCAAUAAUAAUCAUUUGACUGGUGAAAUUCCAGAUACAUUUGAAAACCUGUCAAGUUUACUGGGGUGCAACUUCUCAUUUAAUAACCUUACUGGACCUUUACCUCCUGUACCACUAUUCCAGAACAUGGCAGUCAGCAGUUUCCUGGGAAAUGAUGGACUUUGUGGUGGGCAUCUUGGCUAUUGCAAUGGAGACUCAUUUUCUGGUUCUAAUGCUUCUUUUAAAAGUAUGGAUGCUCCUCGUGGUCGAAUAAUCACAACUGUGGCAGCUGCUGUUGGUGGAGUCUCUCUGAUUCUAAUUGCUGUGUUACUGUAUUUCAUGAGACGCCCAGCUGAAACAGUUCCUUCUGUACGUGAUACUGAGAGUUCGUCUCCGGAUUCAGAUAUCUACUUUCGUCCUAAGGAGGGAUUCAGUUUACAAGAUCUGGUUGAGGCCACAAACAAUUUUCACGAUAGCUAUGUUGUUGGAAGAGGAGCUUGUGGGACAGUGUACAAGGCAGUAAUGCAUACUGGACAGACUAUUGCUGUGAAAAAGCUAGCAUCUAAUCGAGAGGGGAGCAACAUUGAGAACAGUUUUCAGGCUGAGAUUCUGACUCUUGGAAAUAUUAGGCACCGGAACAUUGUGAAGCUUUUUGGAUUUUGCUAUCACCAGGGUUCCAAUCUGCUCCUUUAUGAAUACAUGGCUAGGGGAAGCUUAGGUGAGCAACUUCAUGGGCCCUCAUGUAGCUUGGAGUGGCCAACUCGGUUCAUGAUUGCUCUUGGUGCUGCUGAAGGUCUUGCUUAUUUACAUCAUGACUGCAAACCAAGAAUCAUUCAUCGGGAUAUAAAGUCCAAUAAUAUUCUACUAGAUGAUAAUUUUGAAGCCCAUGUUGGUGAUUUUGGUUUGGCAAAAAUAAUUGACAUGCCUCAGUCCAAAUCCAUGUCGGCAAUUGCAGGGUCAUAUGGCUAUAUUGCACCUGAAUAUGCAUACACGAUGAAAGUAACGGAAAAGUGUGAUAUCUAUAGCUAUGGAGUUGUGCUGUUGGAGUUGCUGACGGGGUUAACUCCUGUACAGCCACUAGAUCAAGGAGGUGACCUUGUCACAUGGGUGAAAAAUUAUGUCCGCAACCAUUCGUUGACAUCUGGGAUACUGGAUAGCAGAUUGGAUCUCAAAGAUCAAAGUAUUGUUGAUCACAUGCUCACUGUAUUGAAAAUUGCUUUAAUGUGUACAACCAUGUCCCCUUUUGAUCGGCCAUCAAUGCGUGAAGUUGUAUUGAUGCUUAUAGAGUCUAAUGAGCGAGAAGAGAGCUUUAUUUCGUCACCAACGUACGAUCUGCCUCUGAAAGAAGACGCUAAAUGAAAAUUGGUGAUCAUUGCCCAGUCAGCACAAAUUCUUCUGCGUAUUAUUUGCAACAGCAAAUGAUGGUAUGCUGUACAUUCUUUCAUAAGCAAAUAGCAAUACUGUAUGUUUCUGUUGCUCGAGGAGGGUUAAGAUUAUUUCAUCUUGCAAGCAGUACAGUAUAGUUAUACUUCUGUACAGAUGGAAGUACCAUUGGCAUUAUACAUGUAUCUCAAAGAUCCAGAUGGCAUAAUUAUUCAAUAGAUGACGCUUUGCUAGUUGAUGUAUUUGUUUUUUUUUUUUUUUUUCUUUUCUAAAGUUAGGUUUAGCCUCAUAAAUCUGGAUUCCAGGUGCCCCUUAUUGAUGAAACAGGUGAUUGUACAAACAUUCCGUAUUUUCUUGUCUAAUUUUGAUGCGGUAUACUUCAUAUGUUCAA